AUGAUUCAGAAAACGAUACUUUCGUUCUAUUCAAUGCCGGCCCAAAGUGGUCAAUCUGCGGAGAUUGGUUCAAACGCAGCACGGUCCUCUCACUCUCCAGCAUCGCCAGAUGAUAUUCAUCCAGCUGAAACCGAUUCCCAGAAAAAUUCUCAGGAAUCAGGAGAUAUCUUAUUAUCCCAGGUUGGGUCUUAUAUGGGUUCCGAGCGACAAGAACGUGGACACCAACGUUCGUCUGAGAGGGAUAACAGAAGAGCACUGUUGAGAGAGACUGCAAAAGAGACGAAAGAGCUUCUCCCUUCUCUUUUAGCCAAAAUUCCACAAGCUAAACCUUCUGGCUACUUAUAUUCGCCGCCCAUACCACCUAAACUGAAUCUCAAAUUUCACCCUGGCCUCCCCUCGAUCAAAGUCAGGGUUUUGGAUGGCGAUUCAUUUGAUACAGCUGUCAAUCUCGCCAAUUGCUCACAAUUUAUGGACAUCCAUGACAAAAAACCCGUCUGCGUUCUCAACAUGGCUAACGCCUACAGGGCUGGAGGAGGUUGGCUUUCUGGAGCCCUUGCUCAGGAAGAAGCUCUUUGUUAUAGAAGUAGCCUCAGUUACACACUCAAGAUGCGGCAUUAUCCCCUCGAAGAUAACCAAGCUAUUUAUUCACCUAAUGUUGUUAUUUUCCGGGAGAGCUUUCAGAAAGGUCACAGGCUGUGGGACCUCACGAAACCCUAUUCCCUUCCUAUCGUUAGCGUCAUCAGUGUUGCAGCAUUGGACAGACCUGCUCUGGAUAAAAAUGUGUCACCCCCUACGUACAAAAAUUCUGCAGACAGGAAAUUGAUGAAAGAUAAAAUGCGUCUUAUCCUCCGCGUCGCAGUGUGCAACAAGCAUCGAAGGCUGAUAUUGGGCGCGUUCGGAUGUGGUGCCUUUGCAAAUCCCAAUCAGGAGGUUGCAAACUGCUGGGCUGAAGUUCUGCAAGAACCGGAGUUUAGUGGAUGGUGGGAGAAUAUUGUGUUUGCGGUUAUGGAUGACGGGACACCAGGAGUGAACGGGGAAAGCAAUCUGAAGACUUUUCAAAGGGUUUUGCAUGGGCUCGUGGUUUGA